AGCUUCCUCUGUCUUUGCUUCAGGGCUUUGCACAGGAAAUCUAUUGCUGUGUCGCGUCCCAGAGAAGUUUUCUUCUCUUCCAAGUUAGUCAGACUAAAGCAAGCCGAAUGGAAGGAGAGGACAGAGAGGACAGGACUGCUCCCUGCUGAUGGGUUAAGAGGUGCGCUACCACACAGAAGCCAACCCGAGAGCAGAGGGAUCCUGGUCAUGGUCACUGCUGCUCCCCUACCUGUGAGGAGAAAAAGUACUGAGUGAGCGGCAGAAAACCAGAAAACCGAAAUGUUCUGCUUUUGGAGAACUUCUGACCUAGCAGUGCUCUUGAUAUGGGGGGUCUUUGCUGCUGAGUCCAGUUGUGCUGAUAGGAAUCAAACAACACAGAACAAUUCAUCAGCUGUGGCAGAAGUUACCACUACAGUGUCUGUACAGAUGGGUACAAAGGCUCUGCUCUGCUGCUCUUCUGUUCCACUGACAAAAGCACUAUUAAUAACAUGGAUAAUAAGCCCUAAAGGCCAGUCCUCCUGCAUAAUAUCCUAUAAAGUAGAAACAAGGGAGACCAAUGAAACCACCUGUAGGAACAGGAGCAUCACCUGGGCCUCCACACCUGACCACAGUCCUGACCUUCAGAUCAGUGCAGUGGCCCUCCAGCAUGAGGGGAAUUACUCAUGUGAGAUAGUAUCACCUGAAGGGAAUUUCCAAAAAGUCUCUGACCUCCAAGUGCUGGUGCCCCCUGAAGUAACCCACUUUCGAGGGAAAAAUAGAACUACAGUUUGUGAGGCAAUUGCAGGCAAGCCUGCUGCACAGAUCUCUUGGACUCCAGAUGGGGAUUGUGUCACUAAGAAUGAGUCACACAGCAAUGGCACUGUGACUGUCAGGAGCACAUGCCACUGGGAACAGAACAAUGUGUCUAAUGUGUCCUGCUUUGUCUCUCAUUCAACUGGCAACCAGACUCUGUUCUUCAUAGAACAGAGUAGAGGUGGUAACCAAUUAGUAGGAUCAUAUAUUCUGUACAUCAUCGCAUCUAUUAUUAUUUUGAUCAUCAUAGGAUGUAUUUGCAUUCUGAAAAGCAGUGGCUUCAGAAAAUGUAAAUUGCCAAAAUCGGAAGCUACUCCAGCUGUUGAGGAGGAUGAAAUGCAGCCUUAUGCUAGCUACACAGAGAAGAGCAAUCCACUCUAUGAUACUGUGACCAAGGUGGAGUCAUUUCCAGUGUCACAAGGUGAAGCCAAUGGCACAGACUGGCUUACUUUGUCAGCCAUUGGGAUCUAGAACCAAGAAAAAGAAGUCAAGAGACAUCAUAAUUACUGCUUUGCUUUCUUUAAAAUUCAACAAUGGAAAGACUACUUAGAAAUUAGCACUUCCAAAGCUCUUAGAAGGCACAAAUGUUCUAGUGGAUUUGCAUUUAAGUUCUUCUAUCGUUGGAAGUUUGGAAUUUUUGCUGCUACCUGUUAAUUUUAGGAAGAACUGAUUUAAUUACUACAAAGAAAGCACAUUGUUAUGGUAAAAUAUUAAAUUGUGCAAUACAGUAUGAUGAAAACUGAGUUUUCAAGAAAUAACUGCAGAAAGAACAAUCAUCACUAAAGAAUUUUAUGUGAGUUCUUCCAAAAAAUAUUCCUGUGCAUACGACAUGACUGUGGUAUGUGUGUGCAAUUAUAUGUUUAUUUACAAAUAUGUAUAUAUGCACACAUCUGCUUGUCAAGACAUUUCCUUGUCAAAAACACACUGGAGUUUGGGAUUUAUAAAAGCUAAUAAAGUGAGUAUUGGAGAUAUUUUUUAUAUCAACAUAAGUAAAACUACCUCAUUUUUUUAAUGGCUACAUAGAAUUCCCCUGUAUGAUUACAUUGUAAUUUAAUUAAUCAUGGCCCUUGGAUGGGCAUUUAGAUUUGUGUUAUGUGUGGUAUUAAACAAUACUAUAUGGAAU